GGAGAGAAAUUGAGAAGAAAUGGGAGAAGUUGAAGAGGUUAAGCUUUUGAUGACGGGCCUAAGUCCGUUCGCUGGAAGGAUCAUUUGGGCACUGAAGCUCAAAGGCGUGGAGUUCGAGUCGGUGGAAGAAGAUCUGACCAACAAGAGCGAUUUGCUUCUCCAAAGCAAUCCCGUUCGCCAGAAAAUCCCAGUCCUCAUCCAUAAUGGGAAGCCCGUGUCGGAAUCGCUUGUCAUCAUGGAGUACAUCGACGAGGUGUGGAACCAAACUUGUCCUUUGCUGCCGGCCGACCCUCACCAGAGAGCUCUAACUCGAUUCUGGGCUAAAUUUGUUGAUGAAAAGGCUUUUGCAUCAAUGUGGAGUGCCCUACAAAUGAGAGGCAAAGAAGGAGGCGAGGCUGCCCUUGAAGAAGCUCAUGAGAACUUGAGGAUCCUUGAGAAGGAGCUGGAAGGGAAGCAGUUCUUCGGUGGGGAGAGCAUUGGACUUGUGGAUGUAACAUUUGGGUCCUUCGCAAAACUUUUAGAUGUGUUGGAUGAAGUGAUGGGCAGUGACAAGAAGAUGAUUGAUGAGGACAAGUUCCCACUGAUGGGGAAAUGGAAGGAACAACUGUCUGAGCUUGCUGUUGUCAAGAGCUGUCUGCCGCCGGUUGACAAAUUGGCUGCGGCUGUCCAAGCCCGACGCAAUGAAUCAGCUGCUGCCUAGGCCUAGCUAUAUGUUUUGACGUUGUGCAUUUGGAUACAAGAAAGAAAUUGAUAGGGGGAUUUUAAAUAAAUGAUAAUGAGUUUCUAAUUUGGAAGUUAAGGCUGUAGUUAUUCUAAUGAAUAAAAUCCUUAUCA